GCCUGAGCCGCGGCGGCGGGCGGAGGGGGCUGGACUGGCGAGCGCGGCCCCCGCCGCCUGUUUUGGUGCGGGGCGCCGGGAAACUCCGAGGAGAAGCCGGCGGAGAAGGAGCUGCCGCGGCGGUGCCCGCUCGCCCGCCGGGCUGGGGCACGGGAGGGGGCCGCGCCGCCGGCCGCUGAGGCGCUGCCGCCUGGAAUGAAGAGGAGGAGGAAGAGAGGAUGUUCCUUCGGCACUCGGGCUGCCUCCCCUCCCGCCGCUGCCGGGCUGCGCCGCGUGUGGAAAUGGCACUUUCUCUGCCUAACGAGAUGGGACUGAAUGGGGUCGCCAGCCUCCUCCGCACGCACGAGCGGGAGCAGCAGCCUCGGCGCUGAUAUUUGGGGAAGGGAGGUUGUGUUGUGGGCGUCUUUUUUUUUUUUUUUUUAAUUUUUAUUUGUUUGUUUUCUCUUUUUUGGGGGAGGGCGAGAGGGGGGAAAGCAGCGUGUAUUUUUUGGGUGCAAACCCCGGACUUUGCAAAACAAUCUCCGCCCCCGAGAGGAUAUUUAAUCUGCAACAGAGAUCGCUGCUCGCGGAGGCAAACUUGAGCCGGGGAAGGGGAGCAGGGAGCGGAAGAAGGGGACCCCCGCCCCGCUCCCGGCCCCGCCGGAGCCCGACCCCUGCAAAGGAAGAUGCGUCUCUCCCGGCAGCUGCUCUUGGGACAAGACUUUCGUCUGGACUGAUAGAGACUGGACUUUUUAAGGACGAGCUUACCCAUCUAAGGGCGAUUUGGGCAUAAACAGCAACACAAACUCUGAUUUGGUGCUGGAAGCUGCCUCGGCCACUGAACAGCUGCUCUCACCCUGCUUCUGUCCCUCCCCCGUCCUGUUCUCAAAAGAGGAUCCUGAGCUAUUUUGCCGGUUUUUUUUUUUAAUUGUUGUUGCAUGAAUUUUAUUUUAGGUGGUUGCCUUUUACGGCUGGCUUGGCUGUUUUGGGGUCUUGCAGACUGCGAGCUGCAGUAGCAGCUCCACCGCCUCUCGUCAUGGCUAGCCCCACGGAUAAUAACGAGGGCUUCUUCUCAGAUGUCAGAAAGGUGGGUUACUUGCGCAAACCCAAGAGCAUGCAUAAACGAUUUUUCGUGCUGAGGGCAGCCAGUGAGUCUGGACCCGCCCGGCUGGAGUAUUAUGAGAAUGAGAAGAAAUGGAGACACAAGUCAGGGGCCCCCAAGCGCUCUAUCCCACUAGAAAGCUGCUUCAACAUCAACAAACGGGCUGACUCCAAGAACAAGCACCUGGUGGCCCUCUACACCAAGGACGAGCACUUUGCCAUUGCAGCUGACAGCGAGCCUGAACAGGAGAGCUGGUACCAAGCGCUGCUGCAGUUGCACAACAGGGCCAAGGGCCACCACCACCUCCAUCACCAUCACCACCACCACCACAGCGAUGUCACCUUUGGAGGCAGCAGCAUGGGACUGGGGGAAGCAGGUGAGGACAGCUAUGGUGAGGUAGCCCCUGGCCCAGCUUUUAAGGAAGUUUGGCAAGUAAUUCUGAAGCCUAAGGGCCUAGGCCAGACAAAGAACCUGAUUGGCAUCUACCGCCUGUGCCUGACUAACAAGACCAUCAGCUUUGUGAAGCUGAAUUCAGAUGCGGCUGCUGUGGUGCUGCAGCUGCUCAAUAUCCGCCGCUGUGGUCACUCUGAGAACUUCUUCUUCAUUGAGGUGGGACGCUCAGCUGUCACUGGGCCCGGUGAGUUCUGGAUGCAAGUGGAUGACUCAGUGGUGGCUCAGAACAUGCAUGAAACUAUCCUGGAGGCCAUGCGAGCCAUGAGUGAGGAAUUCCGGCCCCGCAGCAAGAGCCAGUCCUCCUCAAACUGUUCCAACCCCAUCUCUGUGCCCCUUCGCAGCAGGCACCAUGUCAACAACCCUCCACCUAGCCAAGUGGGCCUCAGUCGGCGGUCCAGAACCGAGAGCGUCACGGCCACUUCUCCUGCUGGUGGUGGAGGUACAGGUGGCAAACCCAGCUCUUUCCGGGUUCGAGCAUCAAGUGAUGGGGAAGGCACAAUGUCAAGACCUGCCUCUGUGGAUGGUAGCCCAGUUAGUCCCAGUGCUAACCGGACUCAUUCGCAUAGACACCGUGGCAACUCCAGGCUCCAUCCUCCACUCAACCACAGCCGGUCCAUCCCAAUGCCUUCCUCACGCUGCUCUCCUUCAGCCACCAGUCCAGUCAGCCUGUCAUCCAGCAGCACGAGUGGCCACGGCUCCACCUCAGACUGCCUGUUUCCACGAAGGUCCAGUGCUUCGGUUUCCGGCUCCCCUAGCGACGGUGGAUUUAUUUCUUCUGAUGAGUACGGUUCCAGCCCAUGUGACUUUCGCAGCUCUUUCCGCAGUGUGACCCCUGAUUCAUUGGGACACACCCCACCAGCCCGGGGUGAUGAAGACCUCAACUACAUCUGUAUGGGGGGGAAGGCCACCUCCUCUUGCUGCAGCUUGGCAGCCCCCAAUGGCCACUUCAUCCCACGCACCUGCCACCCACAGCAGCAGCCCCGCUAUCCUAGUACGCCCUGCUGUCCUCGAGGUGGUAGUGAGGAGGUUGCCGACUUAGAGAAGGCAUUCAGGAAGCGGACUCACUCUGCAGGCACUUCACCCACCAUCUCCCACCAGAAGACACCCUCACAGUCUUCAGUGGCCUCCAUUGAGGAGUACACGGAGAUGCUGCCUUCUUACCCCUGUGGCAGCAGCCGGCUGCCCUCCUACCGCCACUCAGCCUUUGUGCCCACUCACUCUUACCCAGAGGAGUGCCUGGAGAUGCACCACCUGGACAGUGGCCAUCAUCGGACCAACUCCGCCCCGCACACGGAUGAUGGCUACAUGCCCAUGUCACCUGGUGUAGCCCCUGUGCCCAGUGGUGGGGCGCCCCUAAAGGGUGGUGACUAUAUGCCCAUGAGUCCUAAGAGCGUGUCGGCUCCACAGCAGAUCAUCAACCCUGGCAGGGGGGGCCGCCACCCUCCAGCCACAGUGGACUCCAACGGCUACAUGAUGAUGUCCCCCAGCGGCAGCUACUCCCCCGACAACAGCUCUGCAGGCUAUGGCAAGAUCUGGACAAAUGGUGCCGGCCACCACCCAAAACUCUCGGUGGAGAGCAACGAAGGGAAGCUCCCCUGCGGCGGCAGCGACUACAUCAACAUGUCCCCAGCCAGCGGCUCCACCACCAGCACCCCGCCUGACUGUUACUUCGGGGCUGCGGGGCAGCCGGGGGUGGAGGAGGUGGCCACGGCAGCGCACCACAAACCCAUCUACUCCUACUUCUCGCUGCCGCGCUCCUUCAAGCACGUGCACCGGCGGGGCGGCGGCAGGCUGGCCGAGGAGGGCAGCCCCCAGCCCCGCAUCGCGCUCGGCUCCAACCGCCUCCUCUACGCCGCCGAGGAUUCGUCCUCGUCCACCAGCAGCGACAGCCUGGGCGGCGGCGGCGGCCCCGAGGGCGGCCCCCCUCCGCAAGCGCAGCCCCCGCGCAAGGUGGACACGGCCGUGCAGACCAAGGGCCGCCUGGCGCGGCCCACGCGGCUGUCGCUGGGCGGCCCCAAGGCCAGCACCCUGCCCCGCGCCCGCGAGCAGCCCCCGCUGCUGCUGCCCCCGGAGCCCAAGAGCCCCGGCGAGUAUGUCAACAUCGAGUUCAUCGCCGGCGAGAAGCCGCCCUUUCCCUCGGGCGCCCUGGGCAUGGCCCUACCGCCGCCGGGCAGCGAGGCGGCCGAGGAGUACAUGAACAUGGAGCCGGGCCCGCCGCGGGCCCCCUGCCCGCCCGGCUUCGCCGCCGCGCGGGCGGCCCGGCCCGGCCGGGACUACGUGGCGAUGCAGCGCGGGGGCGCCGCGGCCGCCGGGGGUUCCUGCUCGGACUGCGCCGACAGCCCGUCCCCCGGCUCGCCCGCCCGCCCGCUCAGCUACGCCGAGGUGCGGGGGGGCCGCGCCGCCCCCGAGAAGCCCCCGCCGGCGGCCGCCACCGCGGCGUCCCCGGAGCUGCCGCGGCCGCCGGCCGAGCUGUCGGCGGCGCCGCCGCGCUCCUCCUCCCUGCUGGGGGGCCUGGGCACGGGCAGCGCCUUCACCCGCGUCAGCCUCAGCCCCGGCCGCAACCAGAGCGCCAAGGUGAUCCGCGCCGACCCGCAGGGCGGCCGGCGGCGGCACAGCUCCGAGACCUUCUCGUCCACGCCGAGCGCCGCCCGCGGGGCGCCGGGCGGGCUCGGGGCGCCCUUCCCGUGCGGCGGCGCGGGGGGCGCCGAGGAGGUGAAGCGGCACAGCUCGGCCUCCUUCGAGAACGUGUGGCUGCGGCCCGGCGCGGGGGAGGCGGCCGCCCGCAGGGAGCCGGGAGGCGCGCCCGCCCUGGAGAACGGGCUCAACUACAUCGACUUGGACUUGGUGAGGGACUGCGGCCACCGUCGCCACCACCACCCGCACGCCCCCGCCGAGGCGAAGCAGCCGCUGCCGCCGAAGCCCCCGGGGCAGCCGCGCGGGAGCGGCCACUGCGGCGAGGACCUGAGCGCGUACGCCAGCAUCAGCUUCCAGAAGCGGGAGGAGAUGUAGGAGCCGGGCGCCCGCCGGGGAAGAACGAUGACCUACACAACCUCAACAAAUCCUUCUUUUAAACUCAUGGGUAUCAAGACUAUAAAUGUUUCAUGCUAUCACAACUAGGACCUCACCUCCUCCUCCUCCUCUUCCUCUGUAAAUGGGUACGAUGCAUCCAGUUCAGUUUGUUUACUUUACACAAACCUCAGGAGUUAGUUGACUGAGCUGCACAUCCUGUGUUGUGCCAAGCAGAAGCACUGUGACACCUGGACAACGAGUCUCUCUUACUUCAUCCUCUACCAUAAGGACUUAGCUGGCCACAUGAACUGAUGUGCCCACCACUGUGUCAUGGUGAGAAUGGGUAUUUUACUAGCACAUUUACACAACUUCAUUUGCUGCUGAAAACCUGUAUGACAAAUCAUCAUUGUAAAUUAUUACAUACAAAACUUAAUGUUGGUUGAAGAGUAUUAAAUAUUUAACAUAGUUUUUGAUUUAUACAUGUACUUUUUUAAUUAAAAUGUAACUUUUCCUACAGCACAUCUUUUUUGAUGUGGAACUGAGGUAUACUAUAUUCUGUUGUAAACAGAGUGGGAAACCUGCUUAAAACAAGGCUUCUAAGAAUAGAGUAGGGUACUAUUCUUGUUUUAAGAUUGUAAUUCAGAAAAUAAUAUAAUAUGAGUCAUUGGUCCCUGGGCCUUGAUUGUACAGUCAUAUUUACUGAUACUAUCAGUUGUAAGAUAACCCUGAUGUUGAGUUGAAUUCUUUCCAAAAGAAAAAUAAUUUUGUACUCCUUGUAAAAUAAUAGUCUGUAUUAACUACAAUGAAGACAAACGUUACUGUACAUGGUAUUUACAAGUGUCGACUCGAAUUCAUCAAUUGCACAGGAACCAACAAAAAAUCAGAAAAAGGAAAUCAAAGUCUUCCAUUGUAUAUAUUGUAAAGAAGAAAAACAAAAAAAAAACAGCCAACAGAAAACCACAAAACAAAAUGAAAACAAAAAAAGGGUGAACUUUUCAAAUUGACUCUUUCCCUGGAAUGAAAAUGUGGGUGUUUGUAAAUUCUGGAAAUCUCUUUCUAUAUGUAAUAAACUAGAUACUGUUUUAUCUGC